CGGGCCUCUAGCAGAAGCCAAGACGACGCGCCAAGACAAGACCAAGGCUCGCUCCCGCUCCCGUUCUUUCGCGUUCUUUGUUCAAGUCGCACGUCAGUCGCACGUCAAGUUGUUAACUCCUUUAAUUUAUGAGUGUCCUUGCCGUUAAAGGUUAGUUUGAGCGCGUACAGUGCAAUUAUACUUGAGUCAGACUUGUCGCUUUCUCGUCUGAACCAACUGUGCGUGGAGGUUAGUAGAUGCCUAAACGUUCUGGACUUUUCAGUUUCAUCGUCAACAUGCCGCGGAAAGGCCGGAGGAGUUCCUUUACGCAUGUCAAAAGCGGUCGUUUUCAUCGGGACAGCGGUGGAGCCGGGCGAGGUUAUGUUGCAGGACGACCCACAACGCCAGAUGUACCGGUUGGGGAAUUGAGAAGUCCAAGUCUCAGUCCUUCUCCCAGCCCCGUUCCCAGUGAUGACACCAGCUUCAGUGACAUCAGUAUUGGUUCAAUGCCCAGUCCAGGACCCAGUGUUGCAUGUUCGGACAGCAAUGACACCAAUGAUUUUAUGGACGCACUGCAGGACUUUUCUGAUAGUGAUUCAAUACUGGAGGAAAAUACUGCUUCAUCAAAGGCUAAAUUUCUCGAACAAUCACUGGAGCUGAUUCGUGCUGUGCUUCCCAAGCAUUGGAUUGUAAUUGCAGACCAAGAGGGGUUCAAUGUCGUGAAGCUUUCAUUUGGAAGAGACCCAGCAAUACAGCGAAAUGUGUUUGUUACAUUUGGCGGUGCAGUGCGAAUAACUGUUCACAGGAAACCUAUUUCAAGAGACCUGCAAGAUUUCUUCCUUGACGGAUGGAAGGAAAACAUAGUGCUCACCUCUCAGUCCCAAAAGCUGUUUGUUGAUAGGUUGCUAGCCAUCGUCUUGAAAGUGAGAAGCUCUGAAAUCUGUGCUGGUGCUGACAAUGAAAACUUGAGUGAUAUGUGGGCAGCUGAUGCAUCUGGGUGUGUGGAUACAAAUCCAUAUGCAGAAUCCCGUUAUGUCAAAACUUUUAGAAGUAAUAAAUGUUCUCUCCUCGUUCCUGUUGCUAAGUGGAGAUGCCCUGAAUGCAUGAAAGCUAAUGACAGACUACGAGAGCGUUUCAAAAGCCACCAAAAAGAAGAAGUCCACCCCAACACUAGAAAUGACUUCCUUGACCCACAGCAGGCUGCAAAGAAGCUGAAGAAGCAGCACGAAGAAAUCAAGAAAUCUAAGCUUAAGAUUGAUUAUCUCAAGAAAGUGAGACUGCAACUUGAACAGGAAGGUGUGAACAUAGACAGUGAUGUAAGUGACUCUUUAUUGGAGACUUUGAGGGAUGCUGAGCUCACCCCAAUGCAGAGCCUUUUCUUACAACAGCAACUCCAUUAUUCUACAUUAAGUGACGCUAGGGCUAUGAGGUGGCACCCUUCAAUGAUACGAUUUGCAUUAAUGCUGAGGUGUGCUGCUGGUGCCAGUGGAUAUGAGGCGAUUCGUCAAUCAGGUGUCAUCAAGCUCCCAGGUGAGCGAACUCUAUUUGACUACACGAAUGCUGUCCCAAGAGAGAUCGGUGUUUUCCACAAGAAGUUAGAUACAAUUCAUGAAAAAAAUAAGGAGUAUACAGAAGAUCAUCAAAAUUUCCAUAACCUUCUAAUGGAUGAAAUUUAUAUCUCUCAGAAGUUGGUGUACAGGAAGGCUGAUGGAAGUCUAGUGGGUUAUUGUGAAUUAACUGAAGUGGAGAAGGAAAUGGACUUACUUGAAGAAAAGAUACAAGGAACUUCCAAGAGCCAACCAGAAACUGCUAAGUGUAUUUUGGCUUACAUGAUAAAAGGUGUAAGUAAUUCAGUGAAGGAACUAGUUGCAGCAUACCCUGUCAAAGCACUAAAGAAGGAAGAUUUGUAUGAACGUACUUGGGAAGUAAUUUCAGCAUGUGAAACUAGAAAUGUUAAAAUACUUGCUGUUGUGGCUGAUGGUAAUGCUGUGAAUAGGUCAUUUUUCCAAAUGCACACUCCAGCCACAGUUUCUAAGUUGCAUCCUGACUUAGUUUUUGACACAAUUAACAUGUGUGCUCCUGAUAGAAAAUUAUAUUUCAUUUCUGACCCUCCUCAUCUAAUUAAAACGAUUCGUAAUUGUUUUGCCAAGUCUGGUCAGGGUAAGAAGUGCACUCGCUUGCUGACUAAGAAUAAGCAGUAUAUUGUGUGGAAGACUAUUGAAAGAUUGUAUUUGAGUGAAGUUCAAAAUACUUUGAGGCGUGCUUAUAAAUUAACAUCACAAAAUGUUUACUUAAAUAGUUAUACAUGCAUGAGGGUGAAUUAUGCUGUACAGGUUUUGAGUAACACUGUUGGUCAGGAUUUAAAGGACAAAAAAUGGCCUGGUACAGAGGAAACAGUUAACUUCAUUUUAAAUUGUGACAAGUUUUUUGAUAAUCUUAAUGGUGCUCAUUCUGAAAUGGGAAAAAGAACAGCGAACUCAAGAUUGUCCCCUUAUACGUCCACUGAAGACUGGAGGUUUGAAGAGUUGUUAACUUUCGAAAAAUAUCUGAUGGAUUGGGAGAAAGAAGUUGGAAAUUUGAAAUUGAAUCAGGCUGCCAAAGCAAAGUGUCUUCUGAGUCACCAAACAUUAGAGGGUAUUUACAUUACUAUAAAUGCAUUUAUUGGUGCUGUGAAGUUCAUGUUGGAUAUUGGUGCAAAGUUCAUUAAUGCUCGUGUGUUUUGCCAAGACCCUCUAGAACAGUACUUUUCUAAGCAACGAGCCGCUGGAGGUGGGAAAAGUAAUCCAACUGUGGUUUCUUUUCUUAAUGCUGACAAGAAAAUUUCUAUUCACAGAGACCUGAAUGUGAAACGUAAGGGAGUCAACACUUCAGAAGCCUCAAAAAUGAUGGAGGCUAGUGAUGAGCCCUUACCUAAAAGAAAGAGGAAGAGGUGAUUUGAUUUGUGAUGUAUUAUGUGUGAACUGUGAUAUGAGUGUGUAGGUUGAAGCUUUGCUGACUAUUAUCUAUUGUUUUACUUGUGACAAAAUGUGUAGUAUUUUAAAAGAAAGACUUGUAAAUAUGAUGCAAAUACUGAUUUUAAAUUUGGAUUGUAUAUUAUUCAUAAUAAAUAAAAAAUGCCUGGUGUAC